CACUACACUACGAUUCCUAAAAAGCAUAACAAAGAGUUUCACUGUAAUCCAUUUUGUUUUUAUUGCUGCAAUCAGCUUCACAAAUAUAGGCGUAUUUACAAAAGUAACCUCUGGCCACGCUGUUUCUGUGUUCGUUUUUUGCGUGUAAAAUAAAUACCAAACGCAACGCCAUGGCAACGCAGCUGUAAACACAGCCUUUAGUCUUUAAUUAUUGUGUACAUUAUCCAUCGCAAAAUGUUUCUUCUGGACAAAAUUGUGCCGUUCAUCUUCAGUUACAUUCGACCGUUUAUCAAAUGGUUUCUGCAUGUAUUCACGCGCCUUUCCGAGCUCCAGCGCAUAUGCUAUGGCGCAAAAGCUGGUGCGCCGAGAUGCCACCAAAUUGAACGCUCCCUCCAACAAUCGAAUCAGCUGGAAAUAAAAACAAUGUUACGAGAACUAGAUGAAGCAGCCCCUUAUGCCACGGACAGAGAGUUACUAUACUUCGCUCCACGUGCUGUUACUAUUGUCGGCCGCGUAAAACAUAUUAAGAGUAAUGUGCAUCCGGAUUUUGGCAGGAUAUUUGGCAAUUGUGUGACCACAAUUUGGGGCUAUAAGCGUUUAAUGCAUCAAGUAGAGGAACUGCGUGCCGAGCCGUACGAUUCGGACAAUCUGGAGCACGAACAAAAGCUGUUAGAGCUUUGGCAACUACUGAUGCCCGAAACGCCGCUAAUAGGUCGCAUCUCCAAGCAGUGGCAAGAAAUUGGCUUUCAAGGCGAUGAUCCCAAAACUGACUUCCGGGGCAUGGGCCUGUUGGGUCUAGAGAAUCUGUUGUACUUUGCGCGCGCUUACAAUGAUGCGGCCAAGCAUGUGCUGCUCCACUCAAUGCAUCCCACCAUGGGCUACACCUAUGCUAUUGUUGGCAUCAAUCUUACCGCCUUGGCCGUCAACCUUCUGCGAUCUGGCGCUGCAAAGACCCACUUCUAUAAUCAGGUGGCCCUGCAUAAACAAAACUUUAGCACGCUUGAGGACUUUCACAAGCUGUAUUGCUAUUUGUUCUUUGAGUUCGAUCGGUUUUGGAUGGACAGCUCGCCGCGUAAUAUCAUGGACUUUCGAGAAGUAUAUCAGGCCUUUGAGAUAACAAAGCUCGAAGCGCUCCAUAAUGAGAAUACAAUUUUUAAGACAAACCUGGUCGUCGAGUCCGUCUAAAUGCUCACAUUUUUGUACUUAAAACAAUUUCAUAGAUAAUAUUUAUGUAUAAAUGCAGCUUUUUAUGCGUUUAUUUGAGAGCUAUAUUAUUCAUAUAUGUAUGUACUUUUAAUAUGUAUGUAUAUAUAUUUUUAUGCAAGUAUGUAAAUCGUUAGCCGCAACUAAUUUUAAUUAAAUGGAAUGUCAUGCAUAAUACUUAGAAAUGAAGAUCGAGAUUGCACAAUAGGAAACGAAGAGUUCUAUAAAAAUACAUAUUUAAAUAUCACGCAAAA